CGAGUGUCGAUAGCAGUCAAUCCUUAGUAUAGAAUCGACCAUGAGGGCUGCUACAUACCAAAGGCCUUGCUGGAGAUUAUAAUACCUGUAAAAAGGUGCUUUAUUUACACAUCGUGAACAUGUCGUUGGAAACGCAGACAGGAAAAACGUCCUAUCUAAUCCCCAGUCGUGGAGCAGUGAAUUUCUUUUGCGUCACACUGUUUGGAUCGACAUUAAUGAUUGGAUUAUUCUUGAUUUCUCCCUCUCUCGGUCCUGUGGUACUAACAAGGACAGUAUACCCUCCAAGGUUAGUGAACACCAGUGAAUCACCUAUACGGGUGCAUUAUGUUAAUCGCCCACCAUGGAUAAGUAUGGAUAUUUUUUCCAAGUGUGGUCACAAAUGUUAUAUGACAGCUGGCGGAGGAAAUUCGUACAGUGACAGUGAGGUUGUCGUCUUCCAUACACCAUACGUCAAAGAAAAACAUCCUCCAAAGAAAAUAGGACAAAUUUGGGUUUUCCACUCGUUGGAACCACCAUGGCUGCAUUGGUGCAAGUUUAAUAACUGGAAACGUAAAUUUAACUGGACAAUAAGUUAUAGGAGAGAUUCGGAUAUUUUAUAUGCAUACGGAGGGUUUAAAACCAGAAACAUAAAUCAAAGUGCUUGGGAUAAUGAAACAAGUCAGUUUAGCGAAAAGUGGCUAAAGAAAUCGAAAGACAUUGCAUGGAUGGUUUCCCAUUGUGGAACGCCUUCGAAACGUGAUGAUUAUGUCAAUAUACUGAAAAACAUGACCAUGGUGGAUAUUUACGGAAAAUGUGGCAAUAAGAAAUGUCAUCGAGAUAAAACUGAGGAGUGUUUAAAGCCAUAUAAAUUUUAUCUGUCUUUUGAAAAUGAAUUAUGUGAAGACUACAUUACGGAAAAGAGUUUUAAAAUGUACAACUCUUUGUUGGGUCCCAUACCUAUAAGUCGGGGUGGUUCCAACUACUCAAUGUACCUUCCGCCCGGAUCUUAUAUAGACGCGUCUAAAUUUAAACAUAUUUCUCAUCUUAAAGCUUAUGUUGAUUCUGUAUCCAGGAACAUCACAAAAGUGAAGGAAUAUAUGAGCUGGAGAAAACAUUAUAAGAUAUAUGUAGAUCAUUCAAUCCCAUUCUGUGAGCUUUGUCGAAGACUUCAUUUAAAGGAUAAAGAUAAGUACAAAAGAAUGUAUGAAGACAUUGGAGAGUGGCACAGGGGAGAUAAAUCAAAAAGAAAAAGUUGUCGAGAGCCUCAAGACUUGUUAUGAAUAAAAUAUAUAACAGGAAGAUGUUGCAGAAUGACAGUUUUUUACAUACGCUGCAUCAAUAGCAGGCUACUUUACUUGUGAGUAUACCCCGGUAUCAAUGCCGGACAUGUACGAGCCGAUUUCCGGUUCCUGUUUACAGGACACAACGAAUAAAGACAUUAUUGGGUAUUAUAGUUACAUUAUGAUCAGGUAUUUACCAGUAUAUAGACAUUUUAAGCUAUAAAUUUAACCCAAUAACAAUGUUCUUUCGUAAAAAUGUCAUAAAAUAAAUGCUGUUUUUACAUUGAAUUAGAAUUUUUUAAAGGAGAUAGUUAGGAAAAUGUUUCAUUGUAUAAAAUGCACUAAUUCAAACCCCAUUGUUGCAAACAGUAUAUCCAACCUCCUUUGAUUCGAGUGGUUAUGAAUCCUUUCUGACAUUCCGAAUAAACUGCAUGUUAUAGUUUGAAGAUGUUUUUUUUGUGAUUUUGCUUAUUUUCUUUUAUUCCAAACUGAAUAUGUGGUGAAAUAUGGUCCUUUCGACCGCCAACAUCGGCUUUAAAAAUUAUAAAUAUUCAAACAUUGCAUGUUAUUUAUGGAUUAAAGAAGAUAUCAACCAC